AUGCAGGGUCGAGGUCGUAGGAAUCAACCCGGGAGCCGUCCUGACUUCCUGUGGUUCUCUUUCCUGAUUGUUGUAGCUCCCGAAGUGUUGAUUCAAUGGAUAGAGAAGCUAUCCUGGUUGAAAGAAAGGAAGGUGCACAUACCUGCAGAAAUUAACUGGAGUUGGAUGGAAGAGGUGGGCCUAUCGGAGGCGCUUGAACCAUUUCUAACAAAAUCUUUUGACGGAGUCCAAGGCCGGUUUAUUUGUAUGGCUUGGAGACACCUUUUCCACAUCCAAGAACCUAUGUACAAAGAACUUUGUGUGGAAUAA